AUGGGAAUUACGCAUAUCCUAAAUGCUGCAGCACCCAAGAAGGACCUGAAGUUCUUGUUGGGAAUGGCAAGCGAGAAAGACCUACUAGGAACGGUCAAUACAGGGUCCAGAUAUUACAGAGGCAUGAACAUCACUUACUGUGGCUUGCCUUCAUUCAAACACUGGGCCAACAUUAGCAAGUACUUCUUGCCAGCAGCCAAAUUUAUCCAUAAGGCCUUGAGGAACCCAACGAGCAAGGUUUUGACUCACUGCACACAGGGCCUCAGCCACUCGGCGACUCUGUUUCUGGCUUAUCUGAUGAUUUGCCAUGACAUGCUGGUGGAGGAGGCUAUUGAUCACAUUAUAAAGGUGAGAUGCAUCAAGCCCUAUUUCGGCCAUCUGAAGCACCUGGCGUUCCUCAAUGCCGAACUUGUGCUGCAGCGAAAACUAAAGUUACAGGGCAAAAAAACAGACAAAAAGGUGAAAAAAUGGCAGAUAAAAACAAAACCAGAACCUGAAAUGGAUCUGAUUGAUCCAGAGGAAUCAUGUGUCUCAGAUCCAAGUGUUCCCGAGCCAGAACCUGAAAUGGAUCUGAUUGAUCCAGAGGAAUCGUGUGUCUCAGAUCCAAGUGUUCCCGAGCCAGAACCUGAAAUGGAUCUGGUUGAUCCAGAGAAAUCGUGUGUCUCAGACCCAAGCGCUCCUGAGCCAGAACCUGAAGUGACAUCAGAGCUUUUAAGGUUGGAAAACUACAUCCGUCUAAACGUGUCCCAGCUAGAGGAUCGUUUGAGGGAAUGUACACUGUCCAAGACUCCUGUCACUGAGGAGAUGGGAAUUACGCAUAUCCUAAAUGCUGCAGCACCCAAGAAGGACCUGAAGUUCUUGUUGGGAAUGGCAAGCGAGAAAGACCUACUAGGAACGGUCAAUACAGGGUCCAGAUAUUACAGAGGCAUGAACAUCACUUACUGUGGCUUGCCUUCAUUCAAACACUGGGCCAACAUUAGCAAGUACUUCUUGCCAGCAGCCAAAUUUAUCCAUAAGGCCUUGAGGAACCCAACGAGCAAGGUUUUGACUCACUGCACACAGGGCCUCAGCCACUCGGUGACUCUGUUUCUGGCUUAUCUGAUGAUUUGCCAUGACAUGCUGGUGGAGGAGGCUAUUGAUCACAUUAUAAAGGUGAGAUGCAUCAAGCCCUAUUUCGGCCAUCUGAAGCACCUGGCGUUCCUCAAUGCCGAACUUGUGCUGCAGCGAAAACUAAAGUUACAGGGCAAAAAAACAGACAAAAAGGUGAAAAAAUGGCAGAUAAAAACAAAAUAG